AUGGUUGCAAAUUCGACCUAUAAGUACUCCAAACCCGCCCAUGAACUCCUCUGCCACUACGGCUGCCAAAAACUCACUAUGAUAAAUGGCACCAGCUACGCACCUUACGACUUUGAUGGUUUUCCCGCUAUCAAAGGUCUCGCAUACUUCCUUCUGUCGCUCUUAAACGGCGCUGGAGAAGGAACAGGAAUCAAGACAAUGUUGAAGUGGGCUAAGAACAUAACUGGAGAAGACAUAUCUCCAAUUUUAAUUGAUUACUACAUCUCUAUUCAGUACAAUUUGUUUGGUGGUUAUCCAAAUAAAUCGGACUUUGUGCCAAGUAUUGUCUUCACAGUCAUUUUUGCAGUCCUCAUGUUGUUGCAUUUGCUCGUCUUCGGUAUCAACACCUCGCGUGGUCAUCAUUUCAUCAUAUCUUUGGUAUGGUCGUUGAAUUGUGCUGCCAAAUUGGUUGGCUUUGCUCUCCGAGCAGUGUGGGCCAAGGAUAUCACCCAACUUAACGUGGGUUUGACCAGUGAGAUUCUUCUCAUUAUUCCCUCAAUUAUUUUUGCUUCGUUUGAUCUUAUCUUGGCGCAAAGACUCUUCACUUGGCGUCACCCGGUCGGUGGUUCCAGAAAACUCUUCUGGGGAGUCAUGUUACUGUUGUAUGCGGUUGUGGCUAUUCUUGUCGGUAUUACAAUUGCAGCUGCCUUUAUUCCGUACCUCUACACAUUGAGUCCUAAAGCAUAUUCGAGCUGGAAACGUGUGAAUAUGUUCACUAGUGUCAUGGUCAUUGUAUACUCAUUGACCGCCAUGGCCUUGAUUGGACUUUCGUAUCUUUUCCCUCCAACAGCCAAAGAUGAGAAUUUAUACACCUAUCAACCUUGGUGGAUUGAGUCUUUUGCACCUUUCUAUUUUGUGGAGCCCGGCGCCGCUCAGAAGGCAGAGGAAACAUUUAUGAAGAGAAACCAUAACCACAGACACGCAAUCAGAGUCAUUGCCGCAACUCACCAUCACUACAAUAUGGUUGAAGGGUUGACUAAUAAGAGAGGUACUCUCAAACAUAAUGUUUCGAUGGCCUUGAUCUGCACCACCACGGUUCUUAUUUUCAUUGGAUCAAUUGGAAGAGCUAUUUCCCUAUUCCAAAACAGGCUCUCUAGACAUGCCUCCAGCGUCUGUAACCCCGUCUUUAUGUACAUCUGCUGGGGAGGCUUCGAGGCUCUUAUAAACGUCCUCUAUUUGGUUGGUAGAGUAGACUUGAGAUUCUACCGUCCCGACAUUCUUCCUAUCAAGGUGCGGCAGAUUAUUACUGCCGAACAGAGUCAUUAUGUAUCCGAGGCUGAAGAAAGUGAUACAGACGAGGAGCCGCUCUCACGGUUUUCUUCGGGGCUUUCAUUCAAACCACAUAUCGAUGCGCCAAACUCUCCUCCAUACCCAAGAGACGACUAUCUUCGAGAAAAGCACGAUGUGGAUAAUGACAAUAUUUCCGACUUUCAUUUCUAG